GGCUUUGAGAUCUGAUGUAUCUGUCUGCGUUGUGGCCUUUCUGCGACGGUAUUUUCGGGCGCGGCUCAUACGCGGCGUAUUUCGGGCCAAAUGUCCGUUUUGACCUUGCACAAUCCUCACCGAAUGGUAUCUCCUCCGGCCAUACUUGACCUGAUUUCCCCUCGGGGCGAGUCGUCCCGUCCGUAUGUCACUUUGACAUGGGCUCAAUCACUCGAUGCGAAGAUUGCCGGAGAGGGAGGCAAGAGAGUAAUUCUGAGCGGCCCGGAGAGUAUGCUCAUGACUCAUUGGAUGAGAUCGAGGCACGAUUCCAUAUUGGUCGGGAUCAACACGCUCUUACUUGACGAUCCGCGAUUACAAAUCAAUCUCUUACCUGAUGAUCCGUCGUUGUCCUCACCUCAACCUCUGAUCCUCGAUCCACAGCUCAGAUUCCCGACUACGGCCCGGAUUCUCGCGGCUUGGCGUGAUUCUCAAGGCAGGAGCAGGAGAGUACGACAGCCAUGGAUCCUAUGUGGAGACCAUGUAGCGUCGGCGAGACAGAAAGAGAUGGCGGACGCGGGUGCAAGAGUGGUACCUGUCCCAUUGUCACAUGGCCGGAUCAACCCCAACGACCUUCCUGACAUCUUGACCCGACUGAAUCUCUCCUCCGUCAUGAUCGAAGGCGGAUCCGCUAUCCUCUCGUCCUUUCUCCAUGCCCCGUCCAGAUCUGACGGAACGCCUUUGGUCGACAAUGUAGUCAUCACCGUCGCUCCAAUGUUCAUCGGUAAGGGGGUAGGUGUGAUACCUGAAGGUCAAGGAGAUUCCAUGCCCGAGCUGCAGACGGUACAUACGGAGACAUUGGGCAAGGACGCGGUCAUGGUGUGCAGGAUCGUUUGAGUGGAAGUAAGCAGGGAUCCUGAGGACACGCGCCGCAGCAACGGGAUCAGUCUCCGCACCGUGAUCAAAAGUCAUACAUCGUAAUGGAGCUUUGGUCCAAGCGAGAAGAAAUAGGAUCUGGCUCUCGGAUAUCCGUUCAGGAGCGAUCCCGGUGAGGCUCGUUCAGCAUUUGCAGGAGCCUUUGCAUGAGUUGUUUGCGAGGUCAUCCUCGCUCAGCACACUCAGGAGGCUAAAGGUGCUGGCGACGAUCGAAUGCUUAUCGUCUUUAUGAGACAAGAUGAUGAUAUUCG